CAGUCUGGUUUUCUAUGUGUUUCAGAAAGCAAGCGGUGUCAUGUUUUGUAUUUAAGAAGUUAUUUUUGUGAUAUAAAUUUUAAAUUGCAUAUUAAAGGAAUUCUCUAUUAAAGCCGUGAUAUUAUGUGUUACUUUAAAUUGUGAAACGUAUUUACAACUGACUUGUGUAAUUUAAAUAAUGAUGCAGCAUGCGAGCUUUUUGCACUGUCAGCGCUCCGCUAGAAGCAUGCGCGUCUUCAAUCGAACAAUUAUCUCCUGGUUCCCGAUUUUUGGCGUUAAAGCUUUUAGGAAAUCAACAACCCAAAACUCUUUAUUACCUAGUCAAUGCAAAGAGUCGAGUCCGAGAAGUUUAUACGCAAACAUGUCUACACUUCGCUGCUCAAGGAAUGCAAGACACCGAACUUUUUGGCUUGGCUGUAUUAAUAGAUGGCGAGUAUUUAUUCACCGAUCCCGAAUGCAAACUUUCAAAAUAUGGACCGAAAAGUUGGCGCUCCUCACACACCCAUGGUCUGGAUGCAAAUGGACGUCCACUGUUGGAAUUAUAUUUUCGUGUGCAAUUUUACAUCGAGAAACCACCUAUGUUAAAAGAUGAAACAUCCAAACAUUAUUAUUAUUUGCAGUUAAGGCACAAUGUAUUACAAGAUAGUAUAGUAGAACAAUAUUCCCAAGAGUCCAUAAUUUUAUUAGCGGGCUUAGCCCUACAAGCUGAUUUAGGCGAUGCACCUAUUGCUAAAGAAGUUGAUUCAGAUACAAAUAAUAAAUGCUUUGAAAAAGAAAUGGUUUCUAAAACAGAUGAUAAGGAACAAACAAUAGAUUCGAUCGUAUGUCAACAGGAAGAAUAUGCAGAAGGUUCUGAUUUAUCAGACACCAAUGUCUCGCCUAAAAAAUCUGUUGCCGAUCCUUCGGUAAUUAAUAUGAAAAUUUCUUCAGCAAAAACUACUUUAUCUAAGACUGCAAUCCGAAGAGAAAAUUGUUUUACACAAAUAAAAGCACUAACGCAUUCACCAUCUAUUUCGUCAAUAGCUCAUAGUUUAGAUCAGACUUGCAUUAUUCCAUCAAAGAAAAAUAUACCAGUGAUAAAAAAUUAUUUUUGUUUAAAAGACUACUUGCCAGUUGAUUUCCACACAGCAUUCGCAGUUGAAGCUGUUCAUAAUUGUCAUCGCGAAUAUCGUGGCAUGACCACUUCGGAUGCCAAACUUCAAUUUAUUCAACAAGCCUGCAAUCUUAAUGAAUUUGUGAAUGCGCAUACCUAUCGGAUGCGCAGGUCAAAAAGUGAAAAUGGUCCUGGAGAUUCGUGGAUUGGCGUAUAUGCUAAAGGAAUUAAAAUUAUUUGUGGGGACGAUAAUUCACAGAAACAAGUUACAUUCCUUUGGCCAAGUAUAUCCAAGCUUUCGUUUGAGAGGAAAAAAUUUGAAAUUCGUUCCGAAGGGAAGAAAAUUACACUUUACGCUACAUCUGAUGAAAAAAAUAAAAUGUUAUUAAUGCUAUGCAAGGAAACACAUCAGUUUAAUAUGAAGUUUUCCGCACGGCUUAAAGAAGUUAUUAAACGACAGGAAGAACAACAAAAGAGCCAAAAUGUGUGUUUUAGUCAGUCCCAUAAAGUAAAUUCGUCUUACAAUAACGAUCAACGCAUAUCUGUAAUAUCUAAUACCAGUUCGAAUACUACAUCAGGAGUUGUUAGCGAUCGUGUACAUUCUGAAGAUGAAUUAGAGAUCUUGAUAAAUAAACCAGUAACUUUUACGGCAGCAUCAACUGAAAGUUUGGCGUUGGAACAUCUUAUUGAAAAAUCAAAUAUUAGUAGACAACCCACACCUGAACGACAAGAAGUUUGCUUUGAAAAAGAUUUGGAUACUUUAUCAAUAGAUAAAAUACAAAAUCAAUACUUGAAUUCCUCUAAAACUAAAGACACAACUAGUUUGCAUCGUAAAGGAAACUCUCAAGGCUCUUCUAGUUGCAAAACUUUAGUUGUCCCACUAUCGCCAGAAACAUUACCAUUAAAUGCUCAAGAAUCUUUAUCAACACGCACAAUUAUCUGUCACAAUUCCCUACAAAGAAGUAAUUCAACUUCGAGCAGUCUGCAGUUGAGUUUUAGUCACACAGCACAAAACUCUAUCGUCAGUGAAUCCGAAUUGACUCACAUUAAGCUUGACUAUAAUUUACCAAACGCAAAAGAAACUGAAAGUGUAGUUGACAUAUAUUCGAUAGCAAAUGGUGCUCCUCCGACGGAGACUUCAGGAGUUUAUACUAUGGCUUCCAGUGAAUUGACAGAGCAAUCAUUUGACAUUUGUGAAUCUGUAAAAUACUGCACUUAUGAAGCGCUGGAAGCGGAUAAGAAUAAAUUUAUUGGGUCUGAGCACAAAUUCGAUUCUGGUAAUGAAGAAGCGCUUCAAAAUAAAAUUGACAAAGAUGUUUUUCGUUUACGUUCCGAUUCAUGUGCAAGCGUUAGUGAGUCUUUUCGUGGGGAUGGUAGUGAUCCAAAUGAUAAGCAUACACUGCUCUCAGCUGAAGAACUUACUGAUUUAAUUGUUGGUCGAAGCAAUCAUCAUUGCUCAAAAAAUGAAUCAACUAAACUUAGUUCUAGCUGUGAUUACGUGACAUUGCCAUUAAUUAUGAGAGGUGAAUCAUACAUAAAAGGACAUGAAGACACGGCACCUAUGGAAGAUCUUGAUGAUAUCCUAAGCAAUUUGUCAAAAGAAGAGAGUCAGUCAGUUGAAAAAACUGUACUAAAAGAUCCAAACAUUCCUUUAAGAAAUCAUAAUAGAACAUCAGCACCUUACAUGACUUGCCAAGAAAAAAUUAAAUAUCGUUCUUCUAUUCAAGGUUCCAAACUUUCAAACUCUAAAGCAUCAAUUCUAUCAUACCCCAAAUCAUAUGUGCCAUUUGAAACUGCAGUAACUACAAAUAUAACAAAUCCCACAGAAUUUAUGGUUGUCCCACCUAAAACUACCAACUCCCUUAAGAAUCCACCGCCAUACACUAAGGAGAAACAUACAAUUCCUGACAUAUAUGCUAAACCCAAUUCGUUUUCCACACACAGUUUGGGCAAUAUACGAAAUGAAUCUAAAUGGGCACAUAAACCAGAAGAAGCAACAGCACGGUUUAUUACUUCUCGACCACAAAUAAAUGUUCUAAAAGCUCAUACGAGUUUAGUAAAGGAAAAUACAAGUCCUAGUUUUGCGGCUCCGACGAAUUCAUUGACAAUGUCUGCCUCCACUUCAUAUAAUCACAUCCCGCAGUGCAAUCUUGUUACUGAUUCGCAAUCCUCCGUAAAUUUAAGUCAAAACUUAUCGUAUGUGAAAGUAACACCAAUGAAACAGAGAACCAUAUCAAGUGGGCAUAUUGUUGUGCCGAAGACAAUAAGCAUUCCUUUAAUGCCUUACGGUUUGGAAAAUAAAGGCAUUUACGCAAUACAACAAUCAUCGUUAUCGAAUAUUGCUUAUGCAGACAAACAGCCAACGCAUACUUGCCUUUAUAUGCCAGUAAUUGAACCAGGUCAAUUAUUUCCACCACCACCAUCAACAAUACCACGUCAACCACCACCGCCACCUCCUCCUCCACCACGAUUGUCUAAAACACAAUUAGAAUUAUAUCAGCAAUCGUAUAAUAGAGAUCCCGAUUAUAGAAUAUAUGCAAGUAAAGACGCAGCUUUUAGUCACAAGGACUAUGUGGAUGCAAAUUACAAUUCAUUUCCUCAUACGGUUCCACCAAUGUCGGUUCCACCACACCCAUCGUAUCUCCACUUUCAUAUGAAUCGUAAACAGCCUAGCGAGCGAGGAUCAUACAGAGGACAUAAAAACUAUUGCAGUACAGAGUACCUGCCAAUGUCAAUAUCAUCACACUCACGUUUCGCUUCAACACAAAAUUUGUCUGAUACUUAUGUACAACUGCCCAACACAUAUUUGCCUCUUUAUCCCACUUCCAUGACAAGUUUGUAUUCAUCUUGUGAGCCUCCACCACCAAUAUCUCCAUCAAAUGUUAAACUAAACACUUCCACAAUGUUUUCGAGAUCUCGUUCCGACGAUAAUAUUUUGGGUUCGAUAAAUCCAUUUCAGGGAAGAAGACGUAUGCCACCACCACCUCCACCGUUACCACCACCGCAAAUAUUGUCACCACCUCCAUACAUUGAUCGUAGAUUGAAAAAAUUAAGAGCCCCACAAUGUGAUGCAAUGCCCCCUCCAAUUCCACGCAAGCCUAAAAAUGAUUUAAGUUUUCUAAAAACCACAAAUCAAACAUCGGCUCUGCCAUUUAGUUCCAGCAAUAAACACAACUCAAUUGGACUAUCCCAAAAAGUGAUCGUGGGGCAGUGCGCUGUAGAGCUUCAAAAUGCCAACAUGCAGAAAAAUCGCAUGUCCAGUAUAACUGUUAGCUGUGACGCAUUAAAUAUUUCCGAAAACUAUCCGCAUAAUACAUCAACAAAAUCAAAUCAUGAUACUGGUAUAAAUCGUAACUCCAAUUCUUCUGAUGCUUCUGCGUCUACUUCCAACAUUGAUAUUGCGCUUAUUCGGGAGCAAAGCAGAUACCUUGAUUUGCCAUUGAUAUCUGCCCUGUGUAAUGAUCGUACACUGUUUUCGCAAACAAAUGCGGCAGACACAAAACUCACACGUUGCAAUGAAAGCGCUUGCCACACAAAUCAAAAAGUGGGAGACACAAUAAAGAAUAACGGCCAGAACUCUAACUUAACUUCUGGAGCAACUUUACUUGCCAUUACGCCGCAUAAGAAAUCAAUCAGUCAUCGCUAUCCAAAUGAUAGGUUACCUCCUCUACCGACACAGAGCGCCGAGGCGAACAUCUGUACGUCGAACUCGGCUUUACUCAACCGACAUUAAAAACCGAGCAGUACGACUGCUCAACUAAUUACUUAGAUAUUACAGCUUAAAUAUGUAAUAAUAUUUAUAUUUUAAUUUUUUAAGAACUGUUGAAAAACAUAUUUUGCCAUUUCAUAUUAUAAAUAUUUUAUAAUAAUGUAUGUAUUUUAAACAAUGCUAAUUUAAGUUAGCAAGUAACAAACUUCUUAGUUAAGAUAGCAACAAAUAACAGCAACGUACUUGUACUAUUUUCCACGGUGCUUCAAGGGACGUCGUAGAUGGGAUAUAUGAAUUCAAACAUUGAAUAUUAUCCACCGUAUUAUCCACUCAUUCACGCAGUUUAAUUCUGUACUGCAGGAAUGAAUAAAAUGAAGGAAAAGCUACAGACUUAAGUCAAAGGGAAAUAUACUCAAAACUGCACUACGCAGAUCGUCGUCCAUUCCAGGGUAUUGAAGUUAAAUUUGCUUUUUGAUAUAUGUAAUAUGUAAGGUUACUGUUUGAUUGUGCUCUGAAAAUAUCAUAAAUUUUUAAAA